GACUGCAGCAUUUUGCUUCAGCCAUGUCUCAUACUGCUGUGCAGGGUAGUGUCGGGAGCCAUUCUGCCAUGGGGAUGAGCAGCCACAAAAUAUGUCUGUUCGAGUGCGAGAACUUCCAAGGUCGCAGGAUGGAGAUAAGCGGGGAGUGUCGCAAUAUCUGUGAGAAGGGCCUCUGUCGCGUCCGCUCCAUCAGAGUGGAAUGUGGACCCUGGGUGGGUUAUGAGCAGCAGAACAUGUGCGGUGAGAUGUUUAUUUUGGAGAGAGGAGAGUACCCUCGCUGGGACACCUGGUCCAACAGCUACCGCUGCGAUUGCUUCAUGUCCGUCAGGCCAAUUCGCAUGGACCCACAAGAUCAUAAGAUCUGUCUAUUUGAGUGUAUGAACUUUGACGGCCGUAAGAUGGAGGUCUGCGAUGAAGACAUCCCCAGCCUGUGGUCUUAUGGCUUCCAAGACAGAGUAGCUAGCAUUCAAGUCACCGGCGGAACGUGGGUUGGGUACCAGUAUCCCGGCUAUCGAGGAUACCAGUACCUGUUCGAGUUUGGCCCCUUCAAGCACUGGAACGAUUGGGGUGCCAACCACCCCCAGAUCCAGUCUCUCCGUCGAGUGAGGGACAUGCAGACACAUCGCCGAGGCUGCUUUGAUAUGAUUGCAUAAUGGACACGGCAGGGACUGACGUAUGGCGCAAGAAGAGGCUCUGUGUGAACAAAUCAUCUCAAUUCAUCUCUUGGCAUCUGCAGAGCCAUUCAGAACA